AUGAGAGGAGAAGGGAAAAACAGGAAGUGCCUAGCAUAUGUUGCUAUCUUCAUUGUGUUUCAGGCCAUAGUCAUCGCAGUGUUUGCACUCACCGUGAUGAAAAUCAAGGGCCCAAAAGUCAGGUUUAGUAGCGCAGUAGCAGAGAAUUUCAGCUCCACCGACUCCAACUCAUCAUCUCUGAGCUUCACCUUGCUCACCAGAUUUGCUGUGAAGAACACCAACUUUGGUCACUUCAAGUAUCAGGACAGCAACGUCACAAUCUUGUAUGCAGGGCAGGCAAUCGGGACGGCUGAUAUCCCUAGGGGAAGAGCCAAAGCUCGAUCGACACGGCGAACCGAUGUUACCAUAAGCAUCAACACAGACAAGCUUACAGGAACCACAAACCUUGCAAGUGACAUGAACUCAGGUCUAGUGCCUCUGACCAGUGAGGCCACAUUGAAAGGGAAGGUUCACUUGAUGAAGGUGAUAAAGAAGAAUAAGUCUGGCAAAAUGAGCUGCACCAUGUCAGUUAAUUUGGCCAACCGUGCUGUCCAGGAUUUGAAGUGCGAGUGA